UUGUUCUGUUGUUUGUGUUCUCUAGACCUAGAUGAGUGCCAGGACCAGCAGACCUGCACCCGGGGCCACUGCCAGAACACUGAGGGGUCCUUCCUCUGCCACUGUGGCCCCGGCUUCAGAGGGUCUUUGGCUGGAGACGAUUGUGAUGAUGUGGAUGAGUGUUUAGAAGAAGCCCGGCCCUGUGAGUCCGGAGGGGAGUGUGUGAACAACAUGGGGUCCUACACCUGCUCCUGCCCCCGGGGGUACCGGCAGGUCAACGGCACCCGCUGCUCAGAUGUUGAUGAGUGUGUGGAUGAACCAGAACUCUGCUCCCCCCACGCGGAGUGUCUCAACACAGAGGGGUCCUAUCUGUGUGUGUGUGAGAGCGGGUUCAGUGCCAGCAUCCACACGCCCUCCUGUGACGAUAUCGAUGAGUGUGGGCUCAACGACACUCUGUGUGGCCCUCACGGCUUCUGUGAGAACCGGCUGGGGUCUUUCCGCUGCCUCUGUGAGCAGGGCUACCAGGAGGCCCCGGGGAGCCAGGGCUGUGUGGAUGUGAAUGAGUGUGAGCUGCUGAGCAGUGUGUGUGGAGAGGCCCAGUGUAAGAACACUGACGGAUCAUUCCACUGCGAGUGUCCCAGCGGACAGGACUACAACGUAAUGAUCGCCAAGUGUGAGCCCGUUCCCACAGUUUCCUCAGUGGAGCGUAAGGAGUGCUACUACCGUCUGAACGAUGAGAAUCUGUGUGAGAGCGUGCUGACCAGCCACGUCACCCUGCAGGAGUGCUGUUGCACCCUGGGAGCUGGGUGGGGGGACAACUGCGAGGUGUACCCCUGUCCUGUCAAUGGCACAGACCAGUUCAAUCAGAUGUGUCCGUCUGGAAGAGGUCUUAUUCCCAAUGGAGACUUAUUGUAUGGGGUACCCACAGCUGGCAGCUACAAAGACGCAGAUGAGUGUGCGCUGUUCGGCCAGGAGGUGUGCAAAGGAGGCUUCUGUUUGGACACGGUGGGCAGCUAUGAGUGUUACUGCAAGACCGGACAGGACUACGACCCUGCCAGACUGGAGUGCAGAGGUCGGCCUAAUACAGCGUUACACAAACCCAGAGUGUGUCUGCAUGCAUGUGUGUGUAUGAUGUGUGUGAGUUAGAAGUUCACUCCAUUG